AUGGCGCGCUCCGAGUCAGACAACGAUAUCGAUGCCAACUAUGGCUUACUCAACAAUGAGGAAGCUCAGGAUUGGAGUCAUGAUGAGAAGCCUCGAACCAGAUCACACAAAGACUGGCUCAAGGCUUUGCUCUACAUCGCGACAGUAGUCGUUUCGUGCCUGGUUGGACUCUUCAUCGGACAUCAAGUGCAAGACCUCGAUAGGAUCUGUACUCGUCACGUUUCCCAUUAUUCACCUGUUAUCUCGAAUGUCGACAUAACAUUCCAACCUCAGCGGUUUAAUGGCUCGCUGCUCAAGGAGAACAUUUACCGCCAAGAUGCCAGUCCGGAGGUAGAUGCAGCAUGGGAAGCAUUAGGUGUAAAUUACAGAAGUUUGCGAGUUCCGGCCGAGGAAGCAGAAAAGUCUGGACUUGCAUCAGACCAGGUCAAAAUCAGCCAAAAGUAUGGAGGUGGCUAUCCAGCGAAUUACUCACCUGUGAAGAAUCUACUGCGCCAAACACUCUACUAUAACUACGAUUACUACCACAAUCUCGGCCAAGGAGCGUUCAAGAACGACGAUUUUAUCGUCCGACGACACGUCUCACACUGUCUUGACAUCCUGCGACAGCAGCUCAUGUGCACGAUUGAUACUGGAGUCCUCGGUCAAGUCUGGAUCCAUCCUGAUCAUCCCGAGGCGUAUGUGGACUUCAACACACAGCAUCAGUGCAAAAACUUCGAAGCUAUCCGUCAGUAUGCCGAGAAGAAUCAGCUGCCGGCUCAGAUUCCAAAGGAUUUCUUGCAGCCACCAAGGCCCGGUGAUACAAUCUAUGAUGAGAUUCCAUAA